AUGGCGAAUCCGCGCGUGUACUUCGACGUGUCGAUCGCGGGAGAGCCGGAGGGUCGCGUCGUGAUGGAGCUCUUUAAGGACGCUGCGCCCAAGACGGUCGAGAAUUUCCGCGCGCUCUGCACGGGGGAGAAGGGCGUCGGCGCAAGCACCGGCUUGCCUCUUCACUUCAAGGGUUGUCCCUUCCAUCGAGUCAUCAAGGGAUUCAUGAUGCAGGGGGGUGACUUCUCCAAUAAGAACGGCACAGGAGGAGAGUCAAUUUACGGGGAGAAGUUCGAGGACGAGCCCGGGGGCUUGGCGCUCAAGCGGGGGAUCCUAUCCAUGGCGAACAGCGGGCCUGGCACGAACGGCAGCCAGUUCUUCAUCAACUUCGGCCCCACUCCUCAUCUCGACGGCAAGCACUGCGUGUUUGGCCGGGUGCUACGAGGAGGGCAGGUGCUUCGAGCAGUGGAGAUCACACCCACGGACGGUUCAGAUCGUCCGUUGAGCGACGUCGUUAUCGACGACUGCGGCGAGCUGGCAGAGGGGGAGGACGAUGGCACCAUGAACCACCCUGACGGAGACAAGUACCCCGACUGGCCCAGUGAUCUGGACGAGAGGCCAACGGAGUGGCAGUGGUGGGUGGAGGCAGUCAAAUCUAUCAAGGACCUUGGCACCACGCACUUCAAGAACGGGGACUACCGCAUGGCGUUUCGGCGAUACCGCAAGGCCAUGGUGUAUCUGGACAAGGCAUGGGACAUGAAGGACAUCCCAGGAGAGACCCUGGAGGAGCUUCACACCAUUCGGGACGCCCUUCUCAACAACUACGCGGCCUGCAAGCUGAAGCGCGGGGAUUUUGACGGUGCCAUCGAGGACAGCAGCUCAGUGCUGUCGAGAAACGAGAACAACGCCAAAGCACUCUUCAGACGCGCCCAGUUGGCAACAAGAAAGGAAAAGGAGAAGGCCGCAUAUGCUAAAAUGUUUGGAUGA